UUGCCCUAUAUGGAAAUCAUGAUACUCGCUAUCGUAGAUUUUUCAGUACUUAAAGGUUUCCUUAUGCGCCAGUGUAUAAUGCUUCUUUACCCCAUUCAAUAACCCAAAUCAUGUCUAUAGUAGAGUCACAGGAGUUUGAAUACUUGGAAUUGAUUCAUUUGAGUCAUCAGUUUGAUAGGCUAUCUGAGAAUGUUACUCAAAAUUAUGAGCCAUUGAACCAAAUUGCUAUACAAUCCUUACAAUUAAUGGAUAAGUAUCGAGCUCUACUGCCAGAUUUUGAUAAGUAUAUAAGGUAUUUAAAGAGCCAACAUCCUAAUGAAACAGAAUUAUGGACUAAAUAUGACUCUAAAUGGGCAAAAUUGAUUACUAAAGAGAAUGAGAUACUGAUAAAUAAAGUAGAGAAGGAAGUUAAAGAAGUAUCUAAUUCAUCAUCACCACCUCCAACAGCUGAAGAUUCUGUUGAACAACUUCAAAGUUUUGCUCUAAGUGAUAUUCAUGAAGAUGAUGUCAAUUCAUCUAAUAAUCAAAUAUUUAAUAAUUUUAAGAGAGCUUUACAGAUCAAUAUAAUUGGCCAUAAUUUUAGUGAUAACAUAUAUUUGAUUAAUACUUAUCUUACAAUUAAUACAAUUAAAUCACAUCCUAAAGAUUUGAAACAGAUUAUAGACAAUCGAUAUUUUGAACUAUUAUUCUUUCAAUAUUAUAAUAAUCUUAAUGAAUAUCAAUCAGUUUCAAAAACUACUAAUGAUGGUUAUAAGAAUCCUCAUAAUCAUGCCACCACCCUUAAUAUAUUAAAUUCUACUUAUAGUAAAGCUAAUUUGUAUUAUACAAAAGUUGAACCAAUAAUAUUCAAAUCAUUAAAGAAUGGAAUUAAAUUACCUUUGGAAGUAUACUAUUAUUAUCUAAUCAAAUUUUAUUAUCUUGCUGGAUUAUUUAAGGAACUUCGAUUACAUAAAUUUAAUGAAGAAUUCUUAUCAUUAUUAUUAAAUUCAGAUGGUGGUUUAUCUAAUAAUGAUACCAAUUAUUCAUUACAAUUAUUAUUAUCUUUAAAAUCAUUAAAAGUAUAUCUUUUUUCUAUGUAUGGUUUAGCAUCUAUCUUUACUAAACCAUUUAAAUCUUUAUCAUAUAUUAAUAAUGAAACAGUUAUGGAUAUAUUAACCAUAGAAGAAACCGGAUUUGAUUAUCGAUUAUAUAAUGAAGUUCUAUUACCAUUAUCAAAAUCAAACUUUAAACAGGCUCAUGAAAGUUUAUCUAAUCCUCAAUUUAUUUUACAAGCUACAAGUAUGUUAUACUAUAGUUUACCUACCAAUAAAAGAUCAUCUACUAGUACCGGAUUUUUUCAACAUAUAAAUAAGAUUAUUGAUUUGAAAUCUUUCUUAUUAAUUAUAUCAAUGACGAAACAAAUCUCUCGAUCAAAGCUAUUUAAUAUUUUAGGUCAUGAUAUUAAAGAUGGAGCAGAUGUUGACUCUUUAACAUCUAAUUUGUUAAGUUUAAUUGCUGUGUUGGGAUUAGGGAAAUUAGGUAUAGGAUAUAAGAUUGAAGAGGAAAUGUUUUAUAAUAAUGAAGAGAAUCAUGUAGAAGAUGAGUUACAAGUUAAACUUAAUAAAGUUACUAAUGAUAUCUAUGGUGAUAGUAUGGCUACUUUAAUGAAAGGGUUGUUAAUGGAAAAGUUUUUCAGUUAAUUUAUAAUUCAUAAUUUAUAAUUCAUACUUUUAAUUUUAUAUAUAAUUUGUAAAUCAAAUCCAUAAUAAAUAAUCGACCUCCAAGUACAUUGAAUUUUAUAUCGCUUACAUCUAAAUCGAUGGGCUUUGGUUGGUAGUCAUUUUCAUCAUUGAAUU